UAUGACGUCAUCUCUGGGCGCCAGCAGCUGCAGAGACUAGUGAAGAUGGCGGAUGUGGUGAAUGUUGGGGUGAAUCUGGAUGCUUUCUCUCACGCUAUCAGCGGUAUCCAGGCGCUCCGCUCCAGCGUGAGCCGCGUGUUCGAGUCCCUGAAAGAUGGCAUGAAGAACCGGCAGACCCUAGAGGACCGCGAAAAGCAGUUUAUUGCCGAAUUCCAGGACAAUCUGCAGGCAGUCAACAGAGACCUGAAUGAGUUGGAGCGUCUCAGCGGUCUGGUGGGGCGUCCCUCUGAGUCCCAUCCUCUCCAUAACAGCGGUCUGCUGAGUCUGGACCCCGUUCAGGACAAAACCCCGUUAUACUCUCAGCUGCUGCAGGCCUACAAGUGGUCCAACAAGUUGCAGUACCACGCCGGAUUGGCCUCCAGUUUGUUGAAUCAACAGUCACUGAAACGAUCGGCCAAUCAGAUGGGAGCUUCGGCCAAGAGACGACCCAAAGUCCAGCCCAGUACUCUGGUACUUCCUCUUCACCCUAGGUCUGGCCGACAGGGAGGGGUCUGGUCCAUAAGAAGGGGUCUGAUCUACAGCAAGACCCUGUCUCUUUUAGUGACCCUGGGGAAAGUGUUGAAGGCCAUCGUCGUGAUGCGUUCGCUGUUCAUCGACAGAACUGUUGUUCGAGGUUUCAACGAGAACGUGUACAGCGAGGACGGAAAGCUGGACAUAUGGACCAAGUCUCAGUAUCAGGUGUUUCAGAAGGUAACGGACCAUGCCACUACUGCCCUGCUGCACUACCAGCUGCCCCAGAUGCCAGACGUCGUCGUCCGCUCCUUCAUGACCUGGCUGCGGAGCUACAUUAAGCUCUUCCAGUCUCCGUGCCAGCGUUGCGGUCGAUUUCUGCAGGACGGACUUCCUCCAACGUGGAGGGACUUUAGGACCCUGGAGGCCUUCCAUGACACCUGUCGCAUGUAAACACACACUUCCUGUUUAUCCUGUCAACACACACUUCCUGUCCUCCGUCUAGUUUUGUAGUUUGUUAAAAGAAGUUUGAAUAAAGUUUCCAUUUCCAUUUGU